GGUGAUGGUGGCGGUGGUGAAGGAGGCAAAUGGAGGCUGAGGAGGAAGUGGCGGCGCCGGUGGCAUGUAAUGACCGGUCGCCGGUUGCCAAAGGCAAGCGCACCAAGAGACAGAGACCUCAUUCGCUUAGCCCCAGCUUCUCUGUCGCGGUGGACAUCCCCACCACCGCGGAGGAGGACGCUGCCCGAUGCCUAAUCCUCCUCUCCCGCAGCCAUUUCCUUCACGGCGAAAAAUCUAACGAAAAUUCCAAACAAAACAACCUCCACCCUCAAUUCACCGACGGUGGCACAUACACAUGUAAGACGUGCGAUCGCGUCUUCUCGUCAUUCCAAGCCCUUGGAGGCCAUCGGACGAGCCACACGAAGCCGAAAAACGACAAGAAAUCGGCAUCGUUCCACGACUCCGACAACGACGACUUUCCUUCGUCGAAGAAAAAAAUCCCACCUUCUCUCUACCUGCACACCGCUGCCGGUGACAGCGGAGGGAGGCGGAUUUCGUCGCCGACGGUCCACGAGUGCUCGUAUUGUGGGGCGGAGUUCGCCUCCGGUCAGGCCCUCGGCGGGCACAUGAGGCGGCACCGGGCCGGGCCGACAAGCCUGAUACCGGAGCCGAAAAGGCCGAGGAACGGGCCGGCGCUGGACCUCAACUUUCUGGCGCCGGAAGAUGAGAGCCAGCGGUUCAAAUACGAGGAGGUUCAAUAAUUUUUGACACAUUGAUCAUCCUAAUGCAAAACUAAUACAAUAAUCAGUUCUUCUAAAUUUUUACUUACACUUUUAACCGUGAAAUAUGAAUGCUUUAUUGUUGAUUCUUUUACUUCUAAAAUCUUA